CCAAUCAAAAUCGUCCUUGCUACACCGAGGAAGGGGAAAGUGUUUUGGGUUUUUAAAGCCUCGUUGUUUCAUCCCAUAAACUGCUCAGUGUUAGUCUGAGCAGACAUUAUUUUUACUUUAGUUUGGUGAUUGCUUCUUUCUACUAAAGAUCGUAGUUGGAUAAUAAUAACUAACAGGCUGAAAGAUGCAAAACUACGCAGAUAAUAUGAGGGAGUUUGUGGAGAAGCAUGCAGCCAGUCUCGCUGUUGCUCUUGUUGCAGGGGUAAGCGCACUGGCCUUGCGAAGGUGGAUGGCUGGGGGAGUGUGUCGUAGCACGGUCAGGCUGGAUGGGAAAACAGUCCUGAUCACUGGCGCCAACUGUGGCAUUGGGAAGGAGACGGCCCUGGAUAUGGCUAAUCGAGGAGCCAGAGUGAUAAUGGCCUGCAGAGACAUGACUAAAGCCCGCAUUGCAGCUGACGAGAUCCGGCAGCUGAGUGGAAACGGCAACGUGGUGGUGAAGAAACUGGACCUGGCCUCGCUCCAGUCUGUCAGGGACCUGGCCAAAGAAGUCCAGGAGAAUGAGGAGCGUUUGGACAUCCUCAUCAACAAUGCAGGUAUCAUGUUCUGUCCUAAGUGGGAGACUCAGGAAGGCUUUGAAAUGCAGUUUGGUGUCAACCACCUGGGGCAUUUCCUCCUCACCAACACUCUGCUUGACCUGCUGAAGAAAUCAACUCCAAGUCGCAUUGUCAACGUCUCCAGUCUGGCACACGAGAAAGGCCACAUACAUUUUGACGACAUCAAUCUGGAUAAAGACUAUGAUCCUCAUAUCAGCUACCGCCAAAGCAAGCUGGCCAAUGUGCUCUUCAGCAGGGAACUAGCUUCAAGAAUGAAAGACACUGGAGUGACGGUGUACAGCCUUCACCCUGGGGUCAUCCGCACCGAACUAGGCCGCCACCUCUUCCCUACUUUACCUUUGUGGAAGAGGGUCAUAGCUGCAACAGUUAUGACCUUUGUCAAAAGUCCCUGGGAAGGAGCUCAGACCACCAUCUACUGCGCUGUGGACGAGAGCCUGGCAAACACAAGCGGCCUCUACUACAGUGACUGUGCCCCCAAGAGGCCGGCCCCGCAGGCCCUGGAUGAUGCUGCCGCAAAGAGGCUGUGGGACCUCAGUGCUUCCAUGGUCGGGCUCGCUUAAACACAACACUCCAGCUUCAAUAUAUAACGAAUUACUUUUAAUAUCUUAUGGGUAACGGCAUUAAUUAUGAAGAUAUUUUCAGUUUCAGACCUGACAUAUUUGCUUGUGCGUACUACUUUUGCACUAUUUAUCGGUCGGUUUAUUUGAUAUUAAUCUUAGGUGCACUGCUUCAUCUUUAUACUACGCAUUUAUUCUUUAUAGUUUAUCAAUGGUAUGCUGCUCUGCGCUAUAUCAAAAUUACGCUUCAAAUGUACCAUCUUUGUGGAAUUUUGUUUGCAUGAGAUAUUGCUUUGUUACAUUUGACUUUUCUAGUUUGGAAUACCACAAUGUUUAUGGCACGACAAGCUUAAAUGUUUCUUUAUCAAAUGAUGUGUGUUGCAAAUCCUAAUGCUGCUUUUAUUCAUGACUUCUCACAACAGUUGCAUACCUACAUUGAAAUGAUGCUAAAGUUUGUAUGAUCAAUACAAUAUCAACCUCAUUGCAUAAGAAGUAUAAAAACAUGUAGAGCAGUUCAGAAGAGAAAAGGCAGGUCAAAGGCUGUUUCGUAGAUUGACGUGGAAGAAUUACUCUGUUUAGGCGGACGUUUGUGCAAAUGCAUGCAAAGUGACCUUACAGCGAGAACAUGCUGACAGAGGAGAUUGAUGCACUUCAGGAGGAUCCUCCACCAGGUGUAGAGAGGGAGGGGACGCCUCGGGUGGGGGACAGCAGUUAUAGAGCAGCUGUGUGUGUGUGUGUGUGUGUGUGUGUGUGUGUGUGUGUGUGUGUGUGUGUGUGUGUGUGUGUGUGUGUGUGUGUGUGUGUGUGUGUGUGUGUGUGUGUGUGUGUGUGUGUGUGUGUGUGUGUGUGUGUGUGUGUGUGUGUGUGUGUGUGUGUGUGUGUGUGUGUGUGUGUGUGUGUCCUGUUUUCUGUAUAAUGAUUUUCUGCUUGUGUUCUGUGUGUCUUUGUUAAGCAAUGUAAGACUUUGGGCAAUAAAUGUCUCAAUGAAA